GCCACCCUACCCUAACUCAAAAUAACCGGUGAGGGCAGGGUUCGGAUCCAGCGCCGUGGGAACCCAGUGCCUAAGUAUGGUGCCAAGCAUAGUUCAAGCUCAAUCAAUGAACGUCUGUUGAAUGAACGAGCGAGCGAACAGAACCCGUCCUUCCCUCAGCUUUUUGGAACAUCAGCGAGUGAAGAAGCAAAGAUUGAAAAGGCCGCCAACGCCGCUUCCCCAUCCCAACCCGGGUCCCAAUGCCUCCAGCAGCCUCCUUUCUCUAAGGUCUCUCCUUCUCCAACCCGCGUCCCCGCCCCUGGUUGCCUUGGAAACAGUGACGUAUGCGCGAGGGGCGUGACCUUUCCCCAACUUCUCCUGGAGACCCAGGCCCGUUUUUAUCCCAACCUGGGUAGAGGGUGAGGUUAGGGGUUCUCUACCCUGCCAUCCUCACGGCCGGGCCUGGAGCUAACCCCACCCACCUGGCCUCCCCCUUCUGGUGCGAGGCUUGCCCGAUUUAGGGCACCCCAUCCGCAGCCCACCCAGCAUCGGUGAGCUGGCGGGGGUCCAGAGAAAGCCGGCUUCAGCCCCUAGGAUCCGUCUCCAUCCCUUCACCCCGAUGGGCCGAUGGAUCUCGAGAACCAAGGCCCAGCGCUCAGUCCAGGCCGGUUUCUUCCCGGAAAGCCCUCGGGCUUGCUAUGCGUCCUGCGGGUGGGCUGGAAGGGUGGGACCCCAGGGCGCGCGGGUGCCGCGGAGCACGGGCGAGGAGGAGUUAAACAAGGUGUCGGCGCCGGGCGCGGCGGGAGCGGGGGAAGGGAGCGAAGGGAAAGUGAGAGCGGGGGCGGAGGAGGGGCGGGGGGACCGGAGCGAAAGAACAUCCUGUGCCCGCCGCCGGAUGCGCGCGGGGGGGCGGGGGAAGGCGGAGAGGUAGUCGGGGGAGGGAGGACCAGAUGGGGGGAAGCCCGGGGCGGGGAAAGGCGCGGCCUCCGCCCCCGACCCGGUCCUCGUCCUUACGAGGUGCCGCUCCCUCCGCUCCCCGGACUUUUGCCGCCUUUCUUCCAGUCCCCGCGCCUACGUCGGCGUAAGGAGCUACCAAGAGGCCCCCGAAUCCGGUCCUGGCCCGGGGCCUCUGCUUGUACUAAUGAUGACAUCGCAUUGGUGGGCUCCAUGCUGGAUGACAAGGACAACAGUGUCAAAAUCCAAGCUCUGAACACGCUUAAAGCUUUCUCUGGCAUCAGAAAAUUUAGGCUCAAAAUCCAGCUCCCUAGUGGACAUGGGAGAACUCCCCCUGGGCUAUGUAAGCAGCAGUGGAAUGGCUGGAUGACAGGUAUGCCCAACUUUUCAAGCAGGGUUGUACCCAUUCACACCCUCUACCAACCCUGCAUGAGUGUUCCUGGUGUAUCACCUCUUUCCCAGCAUUUCGUAUUUUCACACUUUCAAUUUCUUGCAUCACACCUUUUUUGGGGAAAAAGAGGGUGUCUUGGUCUCCACUUGCUGGCUGCCUCUACCUCAUCCUCGGUAAUCUCAGUUGUCCUAAGGCUAUGAUUCUCAAGCAGAUCAGAAUUGCCUGGAGAGCUAGUUAAAAAUGAACAUUUCAAGGCCCCACACUCAGAGAAUCCAGUUCAACAGGAGAGCUGUUUUUCACAAGCCUCCCCUUGCCCAGAAGAUUCUGAUGCAGGUGGCCUGGGCACCAUUGUUCCUUCUUUCUGCAGUCUGUAUCCUGAGGACCUGACCCUGUUCUCCCCUCUCUGGGGGGAAAGCGGCCACUCCCUGGCCUCAGCUUUCAUGGGUUCUCCUGUGUCUCUGUCUGCAGCCUGGGGUCUCCCUUGACCUCCAGACCCUGGGCCAGCUGCUCCACUCAGACAAACUAGUGGCCCUCUAACCACACAGGUCUGAAAUGGAGCUCGCCUCAUCCCCUGAGUCAGACCACCCUCUUCAGAGGGAUCUGAUUGCAUCGGCCCCUGCUUGGUCUUCCUCAAGGCUCAUCAGAAAGUGCGCCCUCAGCUUCACCUCCUUGCCCCAACCCCAGCCGCUGACCUUGUCGGUUUCAUGCUCUCUCCCCUCCCCAGCCCUUAUACUUGCAGUUCCCUCUGACUGAAACCCCACCUCAGACAUGCUAACUCCUACCAGUGCUUCAGGUCUCAGCAGACAGUGAGGGGCGAGGGCAGGGAGGAGCAGGGUGCCAAUGGGGAUGCUGUGUUCCCUACUCCAGGACCUGUGCUUCCUUCUUACGUGGCUCACAGGGGUACAGCUUGUAAGGGUACCUGCCUUUGGUAAUACCUUUUGGCCCAAGUAUCUUGCAUCUUAGAAGCCAAGGUCCUUUUAUUCAUUCAACAAAUGUUUAUCAAUUGAGCACUUACUUUGUGCCACAGCUCUGUGCUAGGCACUGGAGCUACAGCAGUGAACAGAACAGGAAAGAUCCCUGUCCCAGUAGAGCUUAUAUUCUGCUUAUAUUUAGCAGAGCAAGGCAGGCAAUUACAUAAAUAAGUAAAAUAUAGAGCAUGUUUCAUGUGGUAAGUGUUAUGGAGAAAAAUAAAGAAGGGUGGUAAGGAAGGCUGGUGUGGGCGUGGUGUUGCACUUUCAAAGGAGAAAAUCUCUGGGACUAGGGCUUGAUGAAGAGUCAUAGAAAUAACACCAAAAGCACAAACUAUGAAAGAAAAAAAUUGAUAAAUUGGAAUUCAUCAAAAUUAUAAAAAAAUUGGUUUUGUGAAAGACCCUGUUAAAAGGAUGAAAAGACAAUCUUCAGACUGGAAGAAAAUAUUUGCAAACCACAUAUGUGUCACAUAUCUGACAAGGUACUCACAGCUAGAUUAUAUAAAGAGCUCUCAAAACUCAAUAUGAAAAAAAAAUCCAACUCGAAACGGGCAGAAGACAUGGAAAUGUUUCACUGAACAGGAUAUACGAAAUGCAAAUAAGCACAUGAAAAAGUAUUUAGCGUCACUAGCCAUUAAGGAAAUGCAAAUUAAGACCACAAUGAAAUAUUACUAUCCACCUAUUAGAUGAUUUAAACUCCAAAUUAGUGACAAUACCAAGUGCUGGUGAAGAUACAGAGAAACCAGAUCUCUCAUAUGUUGCCAGUGGGAAUGUAGAACUGUACAGCAGCCACUCUGCAAAAUAGUUUAGCACUUAAAAAAAAAAAGAUCUCUACAUUUACCAUACAAACCAGAAGUUGCAUUCCUGGGCAUUUAUCCUGGAGAAAUAAACAACUUAACAUCUGUAUACAAUUGUUCAUAGCAAUUUCAUUUGUAAUAGUCAAAAACUGGAAACCACCAAAAUGUCUCUCAACUGAUAGAUGAUUAAGCAAACUGGGGUCAUCCUCAUCAUGGAACACUACUCAGUGAUAAAAGGGAGAGAACCUUUGAUAUACAACAACUUGGAUGGAUCUCAAGGGCAUUAUACUGAGUGAAAAAAAAAAUCUCAGAAGGUCACAAAGUAUGAUUCUGUUUAUAUAACAUUCUCAAAAUGACAAAACUAUAGAGGUGGAAAACAGGUUGGUUGUUGCCACUGGUUGGGGCUGGUUUUGGUGGGGAGGGGUAAGCAUGAGUAACAAGGGAGCCCCACAAGGGAGAUCUGUGGUGGUGGAGCAGUUCUGAUGGAAUACUCUGCUGACUGCAGUGGUGGUUACACGAAUCUACAUACAUGAUAAGAUGACACAGAGUUCUAUAUACACAUUGUACUAAUACCAUUUUCCUAGUUUUGAUAUUAUACUACAAUCAUGUAAGAUGUAACCAUUGAGGGAAACUGGGUGGUGGGCACAUGGAACCUCUUCUACUAUUUUUGCAACUUCCCAUGAAUUUAUAGUUAUUUGAAAAUAAAAUGUUUAAAAAC